AUGCAGCUGGUGCAGUUGGCCAACUUUGUUCUGGACAAUCUCGUGCAGUCGCGGAUUGGAUUCAUUGUUUUAUUUCACUGCUGGCAGAGUGAUGAAAGUCUUAAAUUUGCUGAACAGUUCAUGAAGCCCAUACAUCCCAUUCUCGUCUAUCAUCAGUUUGUUCAAAUGAGAGGAGUGCAUAAUUGGUCACAUUUAGAGCUCAAUUACAUGGGUCAUACCCAGCCAACUCUGGCGAUUUACGUAGAUAUAAAGUGCGAUCAGGCUCAGGAUUUAUUGGAGGAGGCUAGUCGGGAGCAGAUCUAUAAUCAGCAUUACCAUUGGCUUUUGGUUGGCAAUCAGUCUGAAUUGGAGUUUAAUGAUUUAUUUGCAUUAUUUAACAUAUCCAUUGAUGCGGAUGUAAGUUAUGUGAAGGAGCAGAUCCAGGAUAACAACGACUCGGUUGCCUAUGCAGUCUAUGAUGUCUACAAUAAUGGAAAAAUUAUUGGAGGUCAGCUGAAUGUAACUGGAUCCCACGAAAUGUCUUGUGAUCCAUUCGAAUGUCGCAGGACUCGAUAUCUAAGUUCCUUGCAGAAGCGAUCCAAAUACGGAAAUAGAGAACAACUUACCGAUGUUGUCCUGAGGGUGGCAACGGUGGUCACCCAACGUCCACUCACCUUGUCGGAUGACGAACUUAUUCGCUUUUUGAGCCAGGAGAACGAUACCCACAUUGACUCAUUAGCUAGAUUCGGGUUCCACCUGACCCUAAUCCUGAGAGAUCUUCUACACUGCAAAAUGAAGUUCAUCUUCUCGGAUAGCUGGAGCAAAUCGGAUGUGGUAGGUGGUUCUGUGGGUGCUGUGGUGGACCAGACUGCGGAUCUUACGGCCACGCCCUCUUUGGCCACUGAAGGCAGGCUUAAGUAUUUGUCUGCCAUUAUUGAGACGGGUUUUUUCCGUUCCGUUUGCAUUUUCCGGACUCCCCACAAUGCGGGACUCCGGGGAGAUGUGUUCCUACAGCCCUUCAGUCCGUUGGUUUGGUAUCUCUUCGGGGGAGUACUUUCGUUGAUUGGUGUCCUCCUGUGGAUCACCUUCUAUAUGGAGUGCAAGCGAAUGCAAAAACGAUGGCGAUUGGACUACCUACCCUCUCUGCUGAGCACUUUCCUGAUCAGUUUUGGAGCAGCCUGCAUCCAAAGUUCUUCUUUGAUUCCACGCUCCGCCGGAGGCAGACUAAUUUACUUCGCCCUGUUCCUGAUCAGCUUUAUCAUGUACAACUACUACACUUCCGUAGUCGUUUCAUCUCUACUAAGCUCGCCCGUCAAGUCCAAGAUCAAAACGAUGCAGCAGCUGGCGGAGAGUUCCCUAACCGUGGGCUUGGAGCCACUUCCCUUCACCAAGAGCUACCUAAAUUACUCAAGACUUCCGGAAAUACACUUGUUCAUAAAACGCAAAAUCGAAUCGCAGACGCAGAAUCCUGAACUCUGGUUGCCCGCUGAGCAGGGUGUUUUAAGGGUCAGGGAUAAUCCUGGCUAUGUCUACGUGUUCGAAACCUCCUCCGGAUAUGCCUAUGUGGAGCGGUACUUUACGGCUCAAGAGAUUUGCGAUUUAAACGAAGUUCUAUUUCGACCCGAGCAGCUAUUCUACACGCACUUACAUCGCAACUCCACGUACAAGGAGCUCUUCAGACUUCGAUUCCUUAGAAUCCUCGAAACUGGUGUCUACCGGAAGCAGCGCAGCUACUGGGUGCACAUGAAGCUGCACUGCGUGGCCCAGAAUUUCGUCAUCACCGUGGGAAUGGAGUACGUGGCUCCUCUGCUCCUUAUGCUGAUCUGUGCCGACAUCCUGGUCGUGGUAAUCCUGCUGGUGGAACUGGCCUGGAAGCGCUUUUUCACGCGUCCUCUCACCUUUCACCCGUAGUGCUUUAAAAUCGCUUUAAGCUGCUGUAACAACUAUAUUCUAUUUGCACCCAGGAGAAAAUAAAAACACUUUGCGUUAAC